CACAAUGUUUGUAAACAUCGCCAUGUUGGCUAGGAUCGCUGGGAUCACCACACACGUUUCACGUUUUCCAUUUAUUGCUGGUUGAAGAAGAUUGAAGUCUGACGUUACUGUGAAGUCUUGUACUCAUUCUUUUUGCUUGCUUUAGUGUAAAUAAAAUAGUUAUGAUGUUGGAGGAAUAAUAUGAGAAUUCAAAGUCCUUUGAAGCAAAGAAAGCAAGGUUUAUUUUUCUGAAGUUCAAGCUUAAGUUUGCUUUGAAGAUCAAGAUGGCUCAAGGAUACGAUGGAAUGCAGAUGGAUGACCUGGAGUCCGGAGGCGACUCGUUCGGAGCCAAGAAGGGCGCUCGACGACCCAAGGAGAUGAGGGUUAAGCUUGAGCGGUCCCGGCAGAGCGCGCGCGAGUGCCGUGCUAGGAAGAAGCUGCGUUACCAAUACCUGGAGGAGGUCGUUCGUACCCGCGAACAGGCCAACCUACUGCUGCGGAAGGAGCUCGAACAGUAUUUAAAAUGGAACCAGGAGUUGGAUGAGGGCCGCGUACCAGAAGGCCUGAAGAAGCUGGUGGAAGAGGACCAGUUACAACAACAGCAACAGCAGCAACAGCAACAGCAGCAACAGCAACAACAGCAGCAACAGCAACAACAGCAGCAGCAGUUGCAAUACUCGCAGCAGCAACAGUAGACCCAGCCGACCCGGCGGGAGCUCCGGUAAGACGCCGGAGAUGGUCGUACCCUGCGCGUCGCUGUCUGUCGGGAUUUUAGCCCCAACGCACUGCUGCGGGGUCGAAGGUCUUGAGCUAGGAGUAUGACGAGGGCGCGGCGGGCGGCGGCCGCAGAGGUAUCGCCAAGGAGACUGGUCACUGGGCGUGAGUCUGUUCCCGGGUUGGGUCUGACGGCAGGCCGGGUCUGCCAGUAGGCUGGAUCUGUCGGUUGGCUGGGUUUGGUGGUGGACUGGCUCUGCUGGGCAUGCCGGUGGACUGGGUCGGCCGGUAGGCCUGGUCUACCGAUAGGCUGGGUCUGUCGGUGGGCUGGGUCUGCCGGUGGGCUAGAUAUGCCGGUAGGCUGGAUCUGCAGCUGGGCUGGAUCCGUCGGAAGGCUGGGUCUGUCGGGUCGGGUCCGUUGGCGGGCUGGUUCUACCGGUGGGCUUGGUCUGCUGGCGGGCCGGGUCUGUCGGUCUGAAGGUCUGUCGGUGGGCCAGCUCGGUUGGUCAGCGGGGUCUGUUCUGCCGGUGGAUUAGGUCUGCCGAUGCAGUUCGCCGGUCAGCCGACAGGGCUCGACAUCUACCAUCCCCGCCGGCUGGCUCGGGCAUUGGCUGGCCGGCACGGCAGCGGUGGCGGCUGUUCUGUGAGAUCGUUGUAUGGACGUUAGAGUAGAAGGCGAGCAUGGUUGUCCUGCUGUGGGUCAGAAGACGUGUAGGAGAGGCGGCACCAGGGCCGCCGCGCUGCGUACCGGGUAAUCGCGCGUAAGUUAAGGACGAGCGCUGUGCAAGUGUUUUGAUGGCAGAGACUUUAUGUGCGAUGUGCAAUGUAAGGCAGCGGUUAUGGGAGAUUUGAGAGACGUUCGUAACGGUGAUAUUGAUAAGAUUGCUGUUGGCGUGCCCGCUUGGCUGCACCCUUCAGAGCCUGGUGUUAGACGCUGUGAUCGAAAGACAGCACGCGCGUAUUUGUUGUGAACCUUCUCGGCUGCUUCGCUGGACUGGAAGGCUAUCGCUUGGAUAAGUUUAUUUCGGAAGCGUUGACGUAUUGACAACACAAAGGCGCCGGAUAUAUGUUUGACGUAGGGCAGUAACAAUAUAUUUGACCAAGCCCGAAA